AUGUCAAGAGCGGCUAAAGCUGUGGCUUUCACGCCUUGGGAAAGAGCCUCAGUGAGAAGGAAACUCGUACUGUUGUUCACCAUGCUGUGCCUCUGGCUUUAUAUGUUCUACUCUUGCUCAGACUCCUGUACGUCAGUGCGGGGCCUAGUGCUGCCAGGCACAGCAAUCCGCUUGCCAGCAGAGUCCCAAGCCUCUAUAACAUCUGCUUUGGCUCCAGACGCUAUAAACCCCAAGAUACUGUUUGGGUUGACACAGGCUCCUUCAACUGUAGUCGAGGUUGAGAGACAGGAGGAAACAGGUCGGGUACUUGCUGAUUCCGCCAAUCCACUCUCUAGCUUCUUCAGUGGUUCUGCCAACAAGAAACUGCCGCAGGCAAUCAUCAUAGGGGUGAAAAAGGGUGGCACCAGGGCGCUGCUGGAGUUCCUACGGGUGCACCCUGACGUGUGUGCAGUGGGUGCCGAACCCCACUUCUUUGACCGCAGCUACGACAAGGGGCUCACCUGGUACAGAGACCUGAUGCCAAGAUCCUCAGAUGGACAAAUCACAAUGGAGAAAAUCCCCAGUUACUUCAUCAUCAAAGAGGCUCCUGCUCGCCUCUCAGCUAUGUCCAAGGAUACCAAGCUCAUUGUUGUGGUCCGAGACCCAGUGACCAGAGCCAUCUCAGACUAUACUCAGACGCUCUCCAAAUGCCCUGAUAUCCCCACUUUUGAAAGUUUAACUUUCAAAAACAGAACUACAGGUCUCAUUGACACAUCCUGGAGUGCCAUACAGAUUGGUAUCUAUGCCAAGCACUUAGAGAACUGGCUCCUCUACUUCCCUAUCAACCAAAUACUGUUUGUGAGUGGGGAGAGGCUGAUUAAUGACCCAGCUGAAGAACUUGGAAGGGUCCAGGACUUCCUGGGCCUUGAAAAGGUCAUCACAAAAAACAACUUUUAUUUUAACAAGACCAAGGGCUUCCCCUGCCUGAAAACUUCUGAGGGCAGCAGCAGAUCCCACUGCCUUGGUAAAAACAAAGGUAGAACACAUCCCAACAUCAGCCAGGAGGUUGUCAAGAGACUCCCUGAAUUUUACAGGCCUUUUAACAUGAAGUUCUACCAGAUGACUGGACAUGACUUUGGCUGGGAUUGA